GGACAAAUUUUCAAUUACAUGCACAUACAAUGUUCAAAAUAACAGCUAAGGCCUCCGUCAGCGCAGGGAUCAUACUGCACAACCUAAUAGACCCAACGAAAAAUGCACUUUUGACGCGUCUGAUGCGUCGAGUGCACUUCACGGCCGCGGAACUGCCGCGACCCUUGGCACCUUCCGCUCUGCAUGACAGAUAUGAGAAUGGCGUCAUCACAGUGGCCGGAGUGCAUCCUAAUGUAGGGCUUGAGCAGGAACAGGAGCAGACAGCGCGUGUGCGCCUGCAGCGAGGAUUUAAGCUGCAUCGUCUCAGCGAAGGACCCGAUACGAUGGUCUCCCUGACCCAGGCAGAAGCGGUGCGCUACUACCGCCAGAUGAAGGCGAUACGUCAGAUCGAGGCGGCGGCCAAUCGGUUGUAUAAAGAGCGCAUGGUGCGCGGCUUCUGCCAUCUGUACACGGGACAGGAGGCGUGCGCAGUGGGAAUGCGUGCGGUCAUGCGUCCGGAGGAUAGCAUUAUUUCCGCCUAUCGUGUGCACGGCUGGGCGUAUUUAAUGGGCUUGUCUGCACAGGGGGUACUGGCGGAGCUUACUGGACGUCGUAGUGGCUGCUCUUGUGGCAAAGGUGGCUCCAUGCACAUGUACGCCCCGAACUUUUACGGCGGCAAUGGCAUAGUGGGUGCACAGGUCUCCCUGGGCGCCGGUGUGGCCUUAGCGAGCAAGUAUAGGCAGAAUGGUGGAGUGUGCCUAGCACUGUAUGGCGAUGGUGCGGCCAACCAAGGUCAGGUGUUCGAGAGCUUCAAUAUGGCAGCGCUCUGGCAGUUGCCCAUAGUGUUCGUUUGCGAGAACAAUAACUAUGGCAUGGGCACCAGCGCUGAACGGGCUGCCUGCAAUACACGCUACUAUACUCGUGGUGAUGUGCUGCCAGGCAUAUGGGUGGAUGGCAUGGAUGUGUUGGCUGUUCGCAGCGCUACUGAAUACGCCAUCGAGUUUGCCCAGAAUCGGGGCCCUCUGCUGCUGGAACUGUGCACAUAUCGCUACGGCGGGCACUCGCUUUCAGAUCCGGGCACUAGCUAUCGGAGUCGAGAGGAGGUAAAGGAGGUGCGCCGAAAGAGUGACGCAAUCAAUAGGUUUCGAGAGCUUUGUUUAGAUUAUGGUUUACAAUCUCAAGAGCAACUGGAAGAAAUCGAUGCUGAGGUACAGACAGAGGUUCAAAAUGCGGUUAAGGUAGCACGCAGCGAUGAGGAAUUGGCACCUCAGUAUUUGUGGGCCGAUGUAUAUGCCCAAAAUAUCGAGCCACGGCUUCGCAGCGUCUAUGGAUAUGAUUUAAUGCAUGCAAGGUCCAAGCCGACCUAGGUUGCAGAUUGCAGUCCAUCUCCUUAGUCCUAAAUAUCUUGGAUCGCCUUUUCGUGUAAUGUUUUCGGUAUACAAAUUAAAUAUUUCAGAAAUAUAUGAAA